UUUCUCGCACCCAAUAAGAGAGACGAGAGAGAGAAGGAAACCCUCAUUGUCAAAUAUACACAGAGAGAGAGAGAAGAGAAAGAGAGUAUUAGAGAUCUAUCUCUCUGUUUGAAUCGAGAUUAAACGGAUCUCUCUUGAGUUCCGUAGUCCUGUCUCCAACAAUGGGCAUGUGGGAUGCUUUGCUCAAUUGGCUUCGAAGCCUUUUCUUCAAGCAAGAAAUGGAACUUUCCUUGAUAGGACUCCAGAAUGCUGGGAAGACUUCUCUUGUAAACGUUGUUGCCACUGGCGGAUACAGUGAAGACAUGAUCCCUACAGUUGGAUUCAACAUGAGGAAAGUAACUAAAGGGAAUGUUACAAUAAAGCUAUGGGAUCUUGGAGGUCAACCCAGAUUUAGGAGCAUGUGGGAGCGAUAUUGUAGAGCAGUGUCUGCUAUUGUUUACGUCGUGGAUGCAGCUGAUACUGAGAACCUCAAUAUCUCAAAAAGUGAACUUCACGAUCUUCUCAGCAAACCUUCUCUUAGUGGCAUUCCUUUGCUUGUUCUUGGCAACAAGAUUGAUAAAUCCGGGUCACUCUCCAAAGAAUCACUUACUGAGCAGAUGGGGCUUAAGGAUAUUACUGACAGAGAGGUUUGCUGCUUUAUGAUCUCUUGCAAAUACUCGACAAACAUUGAUUCAGUUAUUGAUUGGCUUGUCAAGCAUUCGAAAUCAAAGAGCUAAGAGACUUAAAAAAAAAGUUUCAGUUAUUUUUUGUGGAUAUGUACAUUGGAUUGUUGAUUUGGUGAGAUUUGCUUUUAUCAUGUUGAAUGUUCAUUUGCAGUUCUUUAGUUUCAUUUAUGGCAUGGUUUUAAUCUAUUUUAUGGGUAA